AUAUGUGUGGCUAGCCUGGCUCCCUUGACCGGCUUUAACGUGGACGUGACCUGGAGCUGGGUCACACCCAAGGGUGGGCCUUCUGUGGUCAGCUCCCUUCUGCACCAAGACCCCAGCACCAACCAGACCUGGCUCCUUGUCACCAGCCUUGGAAGCAAUGGGUCAGCAGAUGCUCUCCAUCGAUGUUCCCUCAACCUGGGUGAGAUCCUUUGUCAACCAGUAGAGCACGUCCUCAUCCCAAAGGGAAAGCAUCAGGGGGUGACGAUCGUCCAGAACCACCACGGUGUUUUGAUUUGCCUUCAAGUGGCAACACGGAAGCGCCACAGCCUCAAUCCAGAACUCACAGGAACCUGCAGCCUACUGGCCCCAAACCUCACCCACCAGGCCCAGGCCUACUUUUCCAACCUUGAAAAUGUCCUACAUCCAGAUGUACAUGUGAAUGCUGGAGACUGCUACAGGAACAAGAAAAGCAGCAUGGAGGGGAAUAAGAACUCAACCAGGUGGCGCCGGGCAGUGGAAGAGAAAGAGGAGGAAGAGGAAGCCGGUACCGAGAUUGCUAUCAUCUUGGAUGGCUCAGGAAGCAUUAGUCCUUCAGACUUCCAGAAAGCCAAAGACUUUAUCUCCAACAUGAUGAGGGACAUCUAUGAGAAGUGCUUUGAGUGCAGCUUUGCCCUAGUGCAAUAUGGAGGAGUGAUCCAGACUGAGUUUGAUCUCCAAGACAGCAAGGAUGUCAUGGCCUCCCUCACCAGAGUCCAGAAGAUCGUUCAAGUGGGGAACGUCACCAAGACUGCCUCAGCCAUGCAGCAUGUCCUAAACAAGAUCUUCACCCCAACGCAUGGCUCCAAAAAAAAGGCAACCAAGGUCAUGGUGGUGCUCACCGAUGGGGACAUAUUCAUGGACCCCCUCAACCUCUCGACUGUCAUCAGCUCCCCAGAGAUGCAGGGUGUUGAGCGCUUUGCCAUUGGGGUGGGGGAUGCAUUUGAGAAGGAUCGCUCUGACAGAGAACUGAAGCUAAUUGCUUCAGACCCCGAUGAGACUCAUGCUUUCAAGGUGACCAACUACUCAGCACUAGAUGGGCUGCUGAGCAAACUGCAGCAACGUAUCAUCCAUAUGGAAGGUGCAGGCGGAGAUGCCCUUCACUACCAGCUAGCACAGGUUGGGUUCAGUGCCCAGAUCCUGGACAAGGGGCAGGUGCUGCUCGGCGCCGUUGGUGCAUUUGACUGGUCCGGGGGUGUUCUUCUGUACAACAUGAGCAGUCAUGAGGGUCACUUCCUGAAGCAGACUGCAGUGGACCCCAAGGCUGCGCAGAAUGGCUACCUAGGGUACUCGUUGGCUGUGUUGCACAGAGCCUGUGGCCUCUCUUAUGUUGCGGGGGCUCCAAAGCACAAGCAGCAUGGGACUGUAUUUGAGCUCCUGAAGAAUGGCACAGAGGCCAACUUCCUUCCCGUGCUGCAAGGAGAGCAGAUGGGGUCCUAUUUUGGCUCUGAGUUGUGCCCUGUGGACAUCGACAUGGAUGGGACCACAGACUUCCUGCUGGUGGCGGCUCCGUUUUACCACAUUCACAAGGAAGAAGGCAGAGUCUAUGUGUACAACUUGAGCAAGCAGAACGGCUCCUUCUCCUUGGCACAGAUACUGAGUGGACACCCUGAGUUCACCGAUGCCCGGUUUGGCUUUGCUAUGGCAGCUAUAGGGGACAUCAGUCAGGAUCAGCUCACAGAUGUGGCCAUCGGGGCCCCCCUGGAGGGUUUUAGGGCCGAUGAUGGUGCCAGCUUUGGCAGUGUGUACAUCUACAAUGGACGCCAGGACGGCCUCUCUGCCAAUCCUUCACAGAGGAUCAGAGCUUCCGCAGUGGCCCUAGGACUUCGCUACUUCGGCAUGACCGUGGCUGGUAGCUUCGAUUUCAGUGGUGACGGCCUUGCUGACAUCACUGUGUGCUCUCUGGGCCAGGCAGCAGUGCUCCGCUCACUACCUGUGGUUAACCUGAAGGUGUCCAUGCACUUUACCCCUGAGGCACUACCCAUUGGAUUCAGCGGUACAGUGGAUGUGCGUUUGUGCUUUGAAAUCAGCUCUGGGACUCCAGCCACUGAGACAGGCCUCAGAGAGACAUCUCUCAACUUCACAUUGGACGUGGAUGUGAUGAAGCAGAGGAAAAGGCUGAAGUGUUCGGAUGUGCAAACUUGUCUGAGCACCCUUAGGGUGUGGAACAGAGGGUCCUUGCUCUGUGAGGACCUCCUGUUCCUCACGGAGGGAGAGCCCUGUGAGGAGGACUGCUUCUCCAACAUCACUGUCAACGUCAGCUACCAACUCCAGACCCCCAAGAUCCACAGCGACCAUCCCCAUCCUGUCCUGGACCUCUACGCUGAGCCCUCUGCUAUCUUCCAGCUCAGCUUUCUUGACAAGGCUUGCAAGAAUAAAGGUGGAUGUAUUCAAACUGGUAACCUUUUUAUCUGUUCGUAUACCCUGUGCAGGCAAAAAUUGGUGGUGGGUCUCACAAAGGAGGUGACUAUGAACAUGAGUGUAACUAACGCUGGGGAAGAUUCCUACAUGACAAUCCUGACUUUGACAUACCCCAAAAACUUAGAGUUUAAAAGGAUACAAAAGCCUCCCUCUCCAAGUAUUCAGUGUGAUGACCCUGAGCCAGCUGCUUCUAUCCUGGUCAUGAACAUGAGCUGCAAGAUUGGUCACCCUGUAUAUAAGAGGUCAUCUGUGAACAUUCUCGUAGUUUGGCAGCUAGAGGAGAAAGCCUUUCCCAGCAGGACAGCGGACAUCACUGUGAUGAUCACCAGUUCCAAUGUAAGGUCUCCAGACAGAAAGAACCACACCCUUGAAUUCAAGCACGCCUUCAUUGCAGUUCUUCCCAAACCAUCGGUGAUAUAUGUCAACACAAGCCAGAGGCGUUCUGACCACAAAGAAUUCCUCUUCAAUAUACAUGGAGAAAAUUUCUUUGGAGCUGAAUUCCAGUUGCAAAUUUGUGUUCCAAUAAAAAUUCAUGGUCUUCAGGUUAUAAGAGUGAAGGAGCCGACAAGGACUCAGAAUGGCACUGUGUGCCCCAGAAGUCGUAAGCGCGUUUGUGGAAGCGACCGUGUUCAGUACGUGGAAGAAUGGCUUUCAGUGAGUUGUGCCAUCACUUCAGAUAAAGAAAAUGUAACCGUGGCUGCAGAGCUCUACUUGAGUCACUUUGAGCAGUUACUAAGAGAUGUAUCCGAACUGCAGAUCCUUGGUGAAAUUUCUUUCAACAAAUCUCUGUAUGAGGGGCUUAAUACAGAGAAUCACAGAACUAAGAUCACUGUCACCCUUCUGAAAGAUGAGAAGUACUAUUUUUUGCCUGUCAUCAUUGGAAGCAGUGUUGGUGGCCUUCUGGUCUUGAUUGUGAUUAUAGUCAUCCUAUUCAAGUGUGGCUUUUUUAAAAGAAAGUAUCGACAGUUGAACUUGGACAGCAUGAGGAGGGCCCAGCUGAUGUCAGAGGAUCUGCUCAAAGAAGAUGAUUCGAACCUGCUUCCUCAUCCUUUGGGAGAAACCGUCAACUGA